CUCUGUGCGGUUGGAAAUCAGGGAAACGCUCAGAGUGUCCGCGAGUGGCUGAGCGUGGCCAUCAGGAGAGCUCUGCACCAGGGAGAGGACAGUCAGCUGGAGCUCACCAAACAGAUCUGCUGCUUCCUGCAGAGUGCGCCUGAGCAGUUUACGCUGGAGGAGAUUCCCAUCACCGAGUCAAAGGUCAGCAUGGACGUCAACUUUUCCCGCUCGUCUCCUGCAAAGAGAGUCAACUCAAAGAGCGUGUCUCCCCCUCCUGGAGCAGUGCUGGUGUUGCACUCGUUGCUUCUUGAGUUUCCAUUGGCGAUGGCCUUCGCUGAACAGCUGCUAACCUACAGUUUAGGAGAAACAAUAGAGCGCUCUGAGGAUGAGCUGGACACGGUGCCCACUUCUGUGCUCAUUCAGGUCGUGGAGCUGCUAGGACGGGACCAGCAACCAGAUCCUGUGGUCCCCACGAGCCGCUUUAUUGAGCUGAAGACACUGCUCGUGAGCAAUCUGCACCCAAUGGUCACCGAACAACAGCUUAUUGAAAAGUUUGGUGCAUUGGGGUCCAUCUCGACUGUGCAAGUGUGCAGAAACAACAUCAUCUCUCCUGCUUAUGCCUUUGUGACUUUCCAUCAUCGACGUGAUGCAGUGCGAGCACAAAAAGCUCUGAACUUCACUGAUUUACUGAAUAAACCUCUGAUCAUCAUGUGGGGCCCAGACAAGACAAUUGAGGUCCUCUCAGAUAAUGACAGCAGCUCUCCAAGACAAACAGAGGAGAGAGAGACAGCUGGAGAAACAGAGGAGAGAAAGACCAGUGAAGAAACAGAGAGAGAGGCCGCUGGAGAUACAGAGGAGAGAAAGACCAGUAGAGAAACAGAGAGAGAGGCCGCUGGAGAUACAGAGGAGAGAAAGACCAGUGGAGAAACAGAGAGAGAGGCCGCUGGUGAAACAAAGGAGAGAGCGAACAGCGAGUCUUCAUGGGGAAGAAGGAUCUCCAACAAUGUGAAAAGUGCUAUGAAAGCUGCGGUGAGCAGUCCAGCAGCCUGGGUCGGAGUCGGCAUAGGUGUCUGUGCUGCUUAUGCCUACUUCAGGAGCAGGAGCUAGUGUGGACACAUUCUAAAAGACGAGAAGGCCUGCCUCACGAUCUCCACUCAUCAUCCCCAGAGUGACCAAUCACUGCUCCAGAAAGACCUUGAUUUCCCCAGCAGGCCAAACACUUGCAAUAAAUGUGAAUUGAAUAAA